CUUUUUUCUGUUUGUAUACUGUCCAAACAACCUAAGUACCUAGGGAACUUGCAUCAUACGGGCCUAGCAGAAUUUGUUUUCUUGUUUUCUUUCAUCACAAAGGGUCAAAGUGUUCCGCAUAAGCCGGAGUUAAAAGUAAACCUUACAGGUCCGGGCGUGUCAGAGACAGUUCAAGCAGAGUCUAUAGUAACAGGGACGUGGACCAGCUGCCGGAUCGGCGCGCAGAGACGUUGCCAGCACGAGGAAUUCGAAGAAAAAGAUCACCACCUACCGUAGGGCAACGUCGUUGUAGGGGGUCCCAAGUGCCGCCGCCAGCCUCCGGGGCCGCGCAAGCGGCACCGGCCGCGGCGGCAGGAUGCAGAACCUUGGGUAUGGCCAGCAGCCUCAGUACGGCAGCAUGCAGCAGAUGCAGCCUACACAGCAGGCGCAGUACGGCAUGCAGCUCAACGGGCCUCUGGGCCAACUGCCUCAGCAGCAGCAGCAGCUGAUGCUCCAGGGGCAGGCUUUGUCCCAAGCGUCGUUCCCUGGACAGCAAUUCCUAGCCCCGCAGCAACAGCAGCCGUCAGGGAUCAAGCAGGAGGGCAUGCAGCCAGGUUCCAUGCCACAACAAUUUGCCAUGGCUCCGCAGCAGCAAACCCAGCAGCAGCUGCAGGCCGCUUACGGACUGCAGCAAAUGCAAGCUGCUGCACAGCAGGCACAGGCACAAGCGCAGGCGCAAGCCCAGCAGCAGCUCCGAUUACUACAACAGCAACAACAACAGCAGCAGCAACAACGGGCGACCAGCGGUCUUCCCCAGCCCCAGCAGCAACAACAGCAACCCAAUCUUCUGGGCCUUUCGGCCCUUCAAUACGGCGGGGGAGGCGCAACAGCAGCAGCGGCCAUGCAACCGCAAGCCCAACUGCAGCACACCACCAUGCACCACCCCCAACCCGUCCAUGCAGCCUCAGCACCCUCCCCAGGUCUCCCUGGCGCACAGGCGCUGAUCAAUCCCUACCAGUCGCUAACACCCAACGGCAUUGCAGCAGCAGCAGCUUACGGUGGCGGCAGCGGCAGUGUUUCCCCGCAACCGCGUCCCGUGGGUCGGCCGCCGUCCACGCCGGCCAUGGGCUUCACAGAGAACCAGCUGGCGGUCCUGAAGGCGCAGAUCAUGGCGUUUAAGGCGCUGAAGAAGGGCCCAGUGGCGCAUGACCCCACAUGGCAACGCACCCUCACCGAGUGUUAUCCCACACCCCUUGCCAUGAAGAGCACCAAGAAGCUCAUGGCCGCCCACAAUAAGAUCGUCGCUAACGCAGCGAGUGAAGCCAUCAAGGCCGCCAUGCCACAACAGCAUCAAAUGACCGCCUCAGCCAUCGCCGCCGCCGCGGCGGCGCUUCAGCUCCAGCAGCAACAACAGCAGCAGCAAGCAGUAGCAGGGGCCGCCGCUGCGGUCAUGCAGGCCGCUGCUGGCCGCGCAGCUGCGGCCGCGCCAGCCGCUGCCGUAGCCUUAGCGCCUCCCCUGGAGCCGCCCAAAGGCGCCAAGGAGGUUCACCGCAGCGAGGGCCCCCUGGUGACCUUUAAGGAGCCUCCGGAGGUUGAGGUACCCGCCUCAGUGACGCAGGCAGCGGCCACCAACGCCGCCACCAGCGCCAUCACGACGGCGCUGGCGGCGGGUCAGACGCAGGAACAGGCCAUGGCGGCGGCGGCGGAGGCGGCGAAGGUGGCGGUUAUGACGGCGACGGCGGCCGCCGCUAGCCACCAUGAGGCUUCGUCGCUUGUGGUGCAGUGGGACGUGUCGCGGCUUAUGAUCCAGGAGUACAACAAGGUACUUGUACGGAAGCGCAAGCGGCGGUUGCAGCAGCUCAUGGAGAUGAUGCGUGCUAGGGACCGGCUGGCACCUGGGUUCGAUGCGGGGCCGCGGCCUAGGCAGCUGCAGCAAGCGGCGGAGGGCGUUGGUGGUGGUGGUGCUGCUGCUGGCGGCCCGGCAGGUGCGGCCACCUCGUCAGCGGUGGUGGCAGCGCCGCCGCCGCAGCAGCAGCAGCCGCCUCGGGCGGCACGUGGGGCGCUGAACACGGAGAUCCGCGGCCUGCGUCUCAUGGACCUGCAGGUCAAGCUGCGUCAGGCGAUAGAGCGGGAGGUGGACGAGUUGAAGAACCUGCAGGAGCGGCCCUACAAGAAGUUUGUACGGGACGCCAGCAUCACCAAGUCCCAGCUGUCGUACGUCGUACUGCAGAAGCAGCAGCGCGAGGCGGCGGAUCGCGCCGCGCAGUGCCGUGUGCAGUGGCGCAACGUCAUUCAGGAGAGCGCCUCAGCCUUCACCAACCUGCGUUCCGUGCGCAAUAAGGGCGUCCUAAAGGUGCACGAGCGCUGGGGCCGGUCCCACAACAGGAAGAUGGAUGACGACCACGAGCGGCGUAUGGAGGCGCUCAAGGCCAACGAUCUGGAGGCCUACCAGGCGCUGUUGCAGCAGGCUGGCGGCGUGACGACGCAGGACAGCAACUUCCAGGAGAUCUCGCGCUUCCUGAGUGAGACGGAGGAGUACCUCAACAAGCUGGCGCACAAGGUCGCCAUGGCCAAGGUGAACCAGCAAACGGAGGUGGUGGUGCGGGAAGCCAUGGAGGAGGCGCGUCGUGCGGGGCACACGGAGGACGAGAUCCGCAUGAUCGGCGAGCGGGCCGCCGCGGAGUUCAAGGCCGAGUCCGACCUGCUGCGCCGCAGCCGCACCAUGAGCGGCGACGCGCAGGCGCGGCUGAACGAGCUGGCGCACACGGUCACGGAGGAGGUGUGUGUUCCCAAGCUGCUGCAGCCGCCCGCCGGCGCCACGCUGCGGGAGUACCAGAUGGUUGGGCUGCGGUGGAUGGUGUCGCUGUACAACAACAACCUCAACGGCAUCCUGGCGGACGAGAUGGGGCUGGGCAAGACGGUGCAGGUGAUGGCGCUCAUCGCCUACCUGAUCGAGCGCAAGAACUGCUUCGGGCCGCACCUCAUCAUCGUGCCCAACGCCGUCAUGGUCAACUGGAAGAGCGAGCUCACCAAGUGGCUGCCGGGGGUGCGCUGUGUAUACUACGUGGGCUCGAGGGACGAGCGAGCGCGCAAGUACACCGCCGAGGUGUCCCACGGCCGCUUCAACGUGCUGGUCACCACCUACGAGUUCAUCAUGCGCGACCGAGCCAAGCUGAGCAAGAUCGACUGGCGCUACGUCAUUAUCGAUGAGGCGCAGCGUCUCAAGGAGCGCGAGAGCCAGCUGUCCCGCGACCUGGACCGCUUCAAGAGCGGCUACCGGCUGCUGCUGACCGGCACACCGCUGCAGAACGAGCUGCGGGAGCUGUGGAACCUGCUCAACCUGCUGCUGCCGGAGGUGUUCGACGACAAGAAGCAGUUCGCCUCCUGGUUCGGAGACCAGUUGGACAAGGUGGGGGACGAGGACGAGAGCUACGCAGCCGCAGGCGGCGGCCCCAGCGAGAGCGAGCUGCUGGCCCGCGAGAAGAAGCUGGUGGUGGUGCACCGGCUGCACCAGAUCCUGCUGCCCUUCAUGCUGCGGCGCCAGGUGGCGGAUGUGGAGGGCAAGCUGCCGCCCAAGGUGCCGGUGGUGGUGAAGGCGGCCAUGACGCCAUACCAGGCCGCCUGCUACAACUGGAUCAAGGCCAGCAGCACCAUUCGACUCCACCCGGACCACCCGCUCAAGGUCAAGAAGAACCACGACUGGACUCCGCUCACCAACCGCGGCACGGAGCUGCGCAAGGUGUGCAACCACCCGCUCAUCUCAUACCGCAUGGACGACGCAUGGGGAGGCGGACCCGAGGUUCUGUCCCAGUGCGGCAAGAUGCUGGUGCUGGACCGGCUGCUGGUGAAGUUCUUCUACAGCGGGCACCGCGUGCUGCUGUUCUCCACCAUGACCAAGUUCCUGGACCUCAUGGAGGUGUACCUCAUGUGGAGGCAGCUGCCGGGCGGGAGGCGCAUGCUGUUCAGGCGCAUCGACGGCUCCACCACGCUGGAUGCGCGCGAGGACGCCAUCCGCGAGUUCAACAAGCCCAACAGCGACAUUUUCAUCUUCCUGCUCUCCAUCCGAGCAGCCGGCAGGGGACUCAACCUGCAGACCUCCGACACGGUGGUCAUCUACGACCCCGACCCCAACCCCAAGAACGAGGAGCAGGCCAUUGCGCGCUCGCACCGCAUCGGCCAAACCAAGGAGGUCCGAGUGGUGCACCUGGAGGCGGUGGCGGACGAGACGGACUUCAUGCUGCACGCCAUGGCGCAGGCAACCGGACAGCCGCUGCCGCCGGAGCUGAUGCCGCAGCAGGGGCAGGGGGGGCAGGAGGGAGAGGGAGGAGCAGCGCCGCCGCCCCCGCCUCAGGUGGUGGGUCCCGGCGGCCAGUUGCCGCCCCCCUCCGAGCGCAAGUACGUGGAGAGCGUGGAGAGCAUGGUUCGCAACGUCAUCCAGAAGCGCAAGAACGACAUGGCCAACGAAAUCAUCGAUGCGGGGCGCUUCGACCAGACCACCAGCAUGGAGGAGCGGCGAGCCAACCUGGAGGCGCUGCUGCAGGACGCUGAGCGGCUGCGUGUGGCUCCCACGGAGGUCCAGACCAACCGGCAGCUCAACGAGGCCAUCGCCAGGACACCCGAGGAGGUGGAGCUGUUCAACCAGCUGGAUGACGACCCCGCCAUGGGCUGGGUGGAGCCGCCCAGCAGCGCGCUGGAGAUCCCCGACUGGCUGCGCUACUCGUACGACCAGAUGGAGGAGGCCAAGCGGCUCAACGCCAAGAAGCCCGCCAGGACAGGCAUGUUGGCAGAGAAGAAGCCGCUGGGUGCCCCAGGCAGGGGUCGCGGCAGGGGCAGGGGCCGCGGCCGGGGGGUUGCGGUGGGCUCGACGGUCGUGGUGGCGGCAGCUGCGGGGGCG